GCGUGGCAUGUGGGGGCGUGACCCGCGGGAGGGGCGGGGCCUCGCCGCAGAGCGCCCCCCUGUGGCGGCGGAGCCGCGUCACCCGCUCCGCCCCGCCGUGUCCCGCGUGGGGCCGGUCCGAGGUCCCCCGGAGACUCCUGAGGCCCGUCACGUGUCCCCCGGUCACACGUGGGGCCGGUCCGUGGUCCCCUGGGCACCCCUGGGGCCGGUCACGUGUCCCCCGGUCACGCGUGGGGCCGGUCCGUGGUCCCCUGGGCACCCCUGGGGCCGGUCACGUGUCCCCCGGUCACGCGUGGGGCCGGUCCGGGGUCCCCCGGUCACGCGUGGGGCCGGUCACGUGUCCCCCGGUCACGCGUGGGGUCGGUCACGUGUCUCCCGGUUGCGCGCGGGAGCUGUUCCGGUGUCCUCUGGUGACCCGUGGGGCUGGUCACGUAUCCCUGUGUCACUCUUGGGCAUGGCCCCGUGUACCCAAGUCAGCCGUGGGGCGGUUCCCAUGUUCCCUGGUCCCGUCUGGGGUCAGUUCCGUGUCCCUGUGUCACGCGUGGGGCCGGUUCCGUGCCCCAUGGUCGCGUCUGGGGCCAGUUCCCCGUCCCGUGGUCGCGUGCAGGGGAUGCUCACGUGUCAUUGGUAAUAUCUGGGGCUGGUUCUGUGUCUCCAUGUCAUCUGUGGGGCCGGUCCCGUGUCCCCGUGUCCCCAGUGGGACUGUUCCUGUGUUCCCAGGGCACGCACGGGGGUGGUCUCGUGUCCCCCUGUCCCGCGAGGGAUGGUCUUGUGUCCCCCGGUCACGCGUGGGGCCGGUAAUGUGUCACCAUGUUAUACUUAGGGCCGGUCCCGUGUCCCCCCGUCACGCGUGGGGCCGGUUCCACGUUCCCCCUGUCACGCAUCGGACAAGUCCAGUGUCCCGUUAUGACGCGUGGGGCCGGUCCCGUGCCCGCUGGUCAGGCGCGGGGGACGGCCACGUGUCCCCGCGUCCCGCGUGGGUCCGGCCCCGUGUCCCCGCGUCCCGCGUGGGUCCGGCCCCGUGUCCCCACCCCGUUCCCGCCUCCCGCCCUUCCCCUUCCCCUUCCCGCCCCGUUUCAGUUUCGUUUCGCUGCCGGGGCGGAGCCGCGCGAGGUCCGGAUGGCGCGAGGGGUGCUGGAGGUGCGGGGGGUCCCCCCUGACACCCCGGAGGAGCUGCUGGUCCUGUACUUCGAGAGCCAGCGGCGCUCCGGGGGCGGCCCCGUGCAGAGCUGCCAGCGCCUCGGCCCCCUCUUCUUCCUCACCUUCGAGGACCCCCAGGAUGCACAGAACGUGCUGACCCGUGGCAGCCACCAGCUGGGGGGGGCCAAGCUGGGGGUGUGCCUGGCCCCCCCCUGGGACCCCACCCGCCUGCUGCUGCGUGGCCUCGACCCCUGGACCCCUCCCGAGCUCCUGGACCUCCUCCUGGAGACCCUGCUGGACGUCUCCCCUGGCACUGUCACGCUGGGCCGGGGCCUCGCACCCGACUGGAGGCUGCUGCACCUGCGGGACCCCCUCAGCCCCCCAGAGCUGGCGUCGGCGGAGCAGCGGGCGCAGAGCCGGGGGCUGGCGCUGCUGCGGGUGCCACAGACCCCCGCGGUGCUGGUGCGGGCGGCGGGGCCGGCGCUGAGCCGGGACCUGCUCGAGCUCUACUUCGAGAACCGGCGCAGCGGCGGCGGCUCCGUGCGGGAGGUGCAGCUGCUGCCGGGCGGGCACCGGGCCAUUGUCACCUUCCAGGAGCCGGCAGCCGCGGAGCGGGUGCUGCAGAGGCCACACCGGCUGCAGGAUGCGGUGCUGGAGCUCACUCCCCACUACCCCUUCCUGGAGCCACUGGAGGAGGACGGAGACCCUCCCCUGGAUGUGGACCCCCACCCCCUGGACACAGCCUCCCCUCUGGACACAGCCCCUCUGCUGGACACAGAUUCCCUGCCGGACACAGCCCCUGCACUGGACACAGCCCCCGCAGUCCCAGAGCCGGCAGCACCGGCAGAGCCGCGGGCAUCGCACCCAGUGCCAGUGCAGCCAUCAGCUGCCUUCCCCAGCAGGGACAAGGACACAGAGGGGCUCGAGGCCGUGACCAACCAGGGCCAGUGCCUGGAGCGGGUGUCAGUGGUGGCCCCAGAGUCGGUGGUGACGCCGGUGCCGGUGCCAGCUCUGCUGGCACAGGAUGAGGUGCUGGUGCCAGCGGAGCCGGGAGCGCUGCAGUACCUGCAGAGGCACUACCAGGACCUGCUGGGCAGCAUCCCUGAGGUGUCCCUGCUGCCUCUGGAGGGAGGGGACAUCGCUGGGUUCCGGGUGAGUGGGGAGCUGGGCCGGUGCCAGGCAGCAGCAGAUUUCCUUCAGAGCCUGCUGGGCUCCGUGGCCUCGCACCCCGUGACGCUGCACUUCCCUGGUGUUGCCCGCUUCCUGCGGGACCUGGACGGGCAGAGCCUCCUCCAGCAGCUGGAGAGCCGCUUCCAGUGUGUCAUCCACCUGGACGGCGUCCCCUGGAGACCCCCAGACCCGCAGGUGCAGCCUCGUGGGGAGGGGGCUGGCAGGCGGGUGCUGUUGUGCCGGUCCCUGCUAUGCCAUAGCAGUGCCAGUGAUGCCAUCCCUCGGUCCCGAAAGCAGGAGCUGGAGGAGCUGCUGCCCCUGAGCCGCCACUGGGACCCCCAGCCCUCAGCACCACCCCCCUGGCACCAGGACCUGCCUGAGGGCGAUGAUGAUGCUGCUGAUGGUGACAGUGAUGGCUUUCACUCCAGCAUAGAGGAGAUCAGGGAGCUGCUGGCAGCGCUGCGCCCUGGCGAGGCUGACGACCAUGGGGACCCCAAGGUGUGGCCUGAUGCCAUCCUCGGCAGUGAGUGGGACCCUGAUGCCAAGUUCCCCGACACGGCUGAUGGGAAGGGUGCCGGGGAGCCGCUGUUGGGCACCGGGGUGGAGGAGGAGGCGGAGAUGGCUCUGGCUAUCCAGUAUUCCAUGGAAAACAUGAGGCGAGAGGAUGAGGAGCUGGCACGCGCCACCGCUCUCUCCCUGCGCUCCUACUGCCGGGAGCGGGAGCAGGUGGAGGAGGAUGCUGGGCUGCUGGCCGCGCUGGAGGCCUCGCUGGAGGAGGCGCUGGUGGCAGCAGACACGGCGCAGGUGACGGUGUUCUGCUCCUUCGAGCGGGACGUGUCGGAGGUGCCGCGGGAGCUGGAGCGGGCGCUGGCGGGGCGGCUGCGGGCGCAGGAGGUGGAGAGUGAGCGGCUGCGGGCACUGCCGGCCGCCGGCCACCACGCGCUGGCCCUGCUGCAGCGCCGGCACGCCGUGCACCUCCGCCUGCGCGGCGGCACCGCCACGCUGCACGGCUUCGCCGAGUACACGGCCCCUGCUGCCCGCGACCUCGCCACGCUGCUGCGGCGCCGGCCGCUGCCGGAGCUCAGUGCCACUGCUGUCACCGCUGCCGGCACUGCUUCCGCACACUGGGUGCGCUGGGACCCCUCCGGCACCGUCGUCCCCUACGCCCCUGAGGCGGCAGCGCUGCUGGAGCAGGCCUGGCUGCGCCGGGAGCGCCGGCUGGACCUGGUGCUGGACGGGCGGCCCCUCACUGUGGACUUGGAGCGCAUGGAGGAGUACGACAUCGGCAGCGCCCGUGCCGUGCCCGUCUGCCGCAGCCAGCCCCCAGCUGAGAGUGCCCGCUCCCUGCUCGGGCUGGAGGUGCCAGGGCUGGAGGAGGAGGUGCGGCUGAUGCCACUGGCCGAGGACUCGGAGGAGUUCACUGACACUGUUCACCAUUUCUACGGGACACUGGAGGAGCUGCACAGCCGGAUCAGCAUCGUGCAGGUGCAGAAGCUGAUCCACCCGCUGCUGUACAAGCAGUACCAGCUGAAGAAGGGCAGCGUGGAGCGGGCGUGUGCCGCUGGCACCGCCGCGGAGCGCGUCCUCUUCCACGGCACCACCAAGGCCUCCAGCCGUGAAAUCUGCCUGCACGGCUUCAACCGCAGCUUCUGUGGCAAGAACGCCACGCUGUACGGCCGCGGCGUGUACUUCGCGGCGCGCGCGGCCAUCUCGGCGCGGGAUCAGUACUCGCCGCCCAGCGCCGACGGCACCAAGUUCAUCUUCGUGGCCAAGGUGCUGACCGGGAUGUUUGUGGCCGGGCGCCAGGGGCUGCGGGCACCCCCGCUGCGGGAGGGGGCCGAGGGCCCCCAGCGCUACCACAGCGUGGUGGACAACCCCCAGCAGCCCGACAUCUUCGUCAUCUUCAACGACACCCAGGCCUACCCCCAGUACCUGAUCACCUGCCGCCGCAGGCACCCUCCCUGACCUCCCGGAGCCCCCUGGCACUGGCUUUGCCGUGGGGGCACCCCCUGAGCCCCCUGGCACCGGCUCUGCCAGAGGGGCCCUCUUUGACCCCUCUGAGCCCCCUGGCACUGUCUCUGCUGUGGGGGCACCUCUUGAGCCCCCCCCGACACCAGCUCUGCCACAGGGGCCCCCUUUGACCCUCCUGGCACUGUCCUGGCAGUGGGAGCACCCCUCGAGCCCCCUGGCACUGGCUCUGCCAAGGGGGUACCUCCUGAGCUGUCCAGAUCCAGCUCUGCCAUGUGGUCCCCCCUUGACCCUCCAGAGCCCCCUGGCACCAGUACCACCACAGGGGUUACAGUGUCCACCCCCACACCAAGUGCUCGAGGAGUCCCUGCCAUGGGGGCUCAGGGGAAUUCCCGCCCUGCUCAGGAGUCUCAGAGUGGGGGGGUCCCCACCUGGACACAUUCCUGGAUGCCCUUGUGCCAGGGCAGGAGCCCGACAGGAGGACUUUGGGAUCACCAGUGUGACAGCAGUGAAAUUGGGAAUAAAACUGCAAAUAAAACUGGGAAUAAAUUGGA